AUGAGGAACAAACUAUAUAUUCUUUUAAUAUUUUCGAUCAUUGGACAAACUUUUCACUUGAGAGUUGAGAAUAAGGAAUACAAUGGAAAAAAUUAUUGCCACGUUCGAAGCGAUUUGAUCGAAGAGAAUGUCGCGUUGAUAAAUCGCGACGAUUUUCGUUGGAACUGCACUAAUAUCGCCUCAACAAUGCUCUAUAUGAUAAAAUGGACCGAAAAUGAGAUCAAUUCGUUGUUGGGCAAUGCCGAAUAUUUGUACGACGUCCACAUUUUCAUUCAAAACUCGCAGCUCGAGAAAAUCGAUUUCUCGUCGUUGAAAUCCAUCGAAAACGUUCAGCUGAAUAUACAGGAUAAUCCGAAAUUGAAGGAGAUCAUUGUGCCCGAAGCGAUAUUUGGAACGAGAAAAAAUAUUUUAAUUUAUCUGUUUGGAAAUCCGUCGUUGAGCACCGAGAGCAUCGAGACUUUCAAAAAAUUGUGCGACGUUUCUUGUGGGAUGAGUACGCCCACGAAGACCGAAAUCAAACGGAUUCGAAUUAUGGUCAAUCAUGAUGAGAUCGUCAAAGGGUUUUGGUGCAGAUUCAACGAUUUGGGUGACGCACAAGCGGCCUUCUACUCGCCUAAUGAAGAAUUGAAAUUUUGCCGAAAUUUGAACCAAAUCAAAAUAAUCAUCACCGACUGGUCGAAUGAGCAAAUCAACGAGUUUUUGGGCAAUUUGAUAGCGGCGAGCGUCAUCACACUUCUCAUUGCUCAUUCGCAGCUCGAGGUGCUCGACCUCUCGGCGAUCGGCUAUCUCGAUCGCAUCAUUUUCAUUCUCAUCGACAAUCCCAAGCUCAGAACCAUCAAGUUCUCUCGUCUCGUUUUGGAUCAGAAGCGCAUUAUGAAUGUUGUUCAAUCCUUCCAUAAUCCCAUGUUGAGCGAUGAGAGUAUCGAAGGAUUGCGAAAGAUUUGCGCUUUUAAUUGUCUGAUUGAACGAGGACGCUAUAGCAAUUUGAGAAAUGAGAACAAUGAGGAAGCGAUCAUUCGAAAUCGAAUGGAAUUCCGGUGGAAUUGCCCAAAUCGCGCUUCGAUGACGUUCUACAUGGUCCGAUGGUCCGAAUACGAGAUCAAUUCGUUGUGGAGCCAUGUCGAAUAUGUGUACAAUGUGAAAAUCGUGAUAACGGAGACGAUGGCGGACAGAAUCGAAUUCAAAUCGUUGAAGGGCAUCGAGAGGUCGGAAUUCACAAUAAUGGACAAUCCGAAUCUCGACACGAUCGAGAUUCCGCCGGAUGUGCUCAAAUCGCGACGAGGCAUUUCAAUUUAUACGCUCAACAAUCCGUCGAUAAGCGAUAAAUCGUUUGAAACGAUUCGCGAUUUUUGCGACAAAUAUUGCCGACUUCAACCUUGA